UUCUUCUUCUUCUUCCUCCCUUCUUCUCUCUCAUCCCUCCACCCCUUCCUCUUUCCCAGCCUUCUUCCUUCGCACCAUGAAUGGGUUCGUUCAGCAAGCAGAGAGCAUGAGUAAAGGUAUCUCUCGAAGAAAACUGUAACUUUGCAUUUUCUAGUGUGCCUUUUGCUGCCAUCCGAAAUCCAGAUCUUCUUCUCUCAAACCCAGAUCUGGGUUUCACAAAUCUGGGUUUUCUAUAGUGAUUUUGAUCGUGGUUUUUUCUUUGUAAGUUUGAAAGUUGAAACAUCUCUGCGGAUUUUGGGUUGUCACUAUUGUUGUCUUUAAUUGUUGACAUUUUUCUACGCUAAGAUUGAAACUUGUUUGCUUUCCUAGAAAAUUUGGCUCGUUUUCUUUCUGGGUUUUCCUUCUUUCUGGAUUGAAACAAGUUCGUCGACGAAAAUCGUGACUAUGCCGACUUCGUCUCUCGCCUGGACACCUAAUCCAUUACCAAUUGCAGCAAUUAAGCCGUCGACAACAAGAUCUCAGCCUUUCCUGGGAGGGAAGGAAACUAAGCCGUCGAUCUAAUUUGUAUUCGGUGUUUUCGAUUGACUUUUGGAUCCUCUUUGUGCUGAUUUGAAGGAAUUUUAACUGAGUUGGAGCCAAUUUAUUUUGAUUUAAUUUAAACUGCAAACCCAAAUCUGGGUCCUUGGUGAUGAAUGGCGUAGGAAUUCUUUGACCUUGGUGAUGAAUCGGAAGGCAGCGUCACGGUGGAGGAGAGAAUCGAAGGAGGGGAUCCGAGUGGAGUCUGGCUGGACAGGGCAGAUGUAGAGGGAAUCGGGUUUGAGAAAGUUUGGGUCUGUGCUUCUUGGGGAUUUUAGUGGUUUUGUUCUUUUGCUUAUUUUGUGUUUUCUAUGUGUAUUUUCUGAGUUGAUUAAGUGGUUUUUGUGUUGAUUAUUUUUGAGAUUAGAUCUGUAGUUGGCUUUGGCUUGUAUGUGAUUUGGCUCGAAUUGCUUUUUUUCUAGAAAUUCUUUACUGUUUUUAAUCUAUGUUCCUUUCUGU